CAACGUCACAAUAUGACGAGAACGUUCCCAUGGGACUACUAAGUGAUCUACGUUAUCUUCGUGCAUCCAAAUAACACAGAUGAGUGUUUAAAGCAUUUGUCAUGACAGAAACAGCAAUGGGCUGAUGAUAUGUCCUAAGCUUUUAGAAUGACCGGUGGUAAGGAGACGGGGUUUAAAGAUGUCAAUAUUGUAAAACCCAAUUCCACGGCUACACAAAACACCCAGCAGGCAGAAAUUGAAGAACCCUUAGCUGGAAGUUCAAAUGUUCAACAGAGUCCUACAGGCAGGAGUCCGGAACACAUGAUAGAUCAUUGGAAAAGUUUUCUUGCAGUUUCCUCAAAAGAACCCUCCAAGAAUCUUCAACAAAACAUCUCUCCUAAAACACAAACAUCACAGCUAUCGGAUAUAUCACAGUCACAACACAAUAAAGACCAACAAUAUAAUUACAGCAAUGUAGGAACAAUCAUAUCACUACCAAACAAUACAGUACAAUUUCAAAAAUCAGAAACAAGUCCGGUUAAUAUCGUCACAUCUCACGAAAACCGGACUUUAACCGUAGAUCCAAAACAAUAUGGUAAUCCUGACUAUCAAGUUCAUACUGCUGGAAAAUUUCAAAAUCAUGAUAUAAAUACCCGACACCAGUCAAUAACGUUUGCCAACAGUUCGUCGCAACCAGAGAGCAAUGUUUCUUCCCCUGAACACAGAUUAGUAAUAGCUGAAAAUAUAGAACAAUCAGUAGUUCCAACAAAGAAAACAAAAAGUAAUGUUAACUGGAAUAUGGAAAAAUUAGUACAAAACGAUGCUGAUAUGUCAACUGAAAAGAACAAAAUACUUACAAAUCUUCAUAACAACGAAAGCAAACUACAUCAAGGUAUACUGAAGUCAACACAGCCAGCCAAGGAACAACACAAUCGUUCCUAUUUUUAUGGAAGCCAAGGAGGUCAGCAAAUUUCUGAACCAGAAAAACGGGUAAAUCUUAUGUUCAAACAACCAGCACAGCAACAUGAUAUGAAUACAUCAGUACAGGAUCAACGAAAUCUGCAAAAAACGAACUACCAAAGUCCACCAUUCACGCUAGCAACUCCACAAAACAUCCAUCAAAUGCAACUGCAAUCACAAUACCUUUAUUCUGCACAUCAACCUAGUCAGACUCACGGUCAACAGCCUCCUAACCAUGAAAAUAACUAUCCAAAUUUACAAGUUAACCAAGAACAAUAUACACCACACAAUCCUUUUCAACAACCAAAAUAUCUACCUAACUUGCCUAAUCAACAGCCACAUAACCCACCAAGCAUUGUCAAUCAACAUAAUCAAUAUCCACCGAACACUUCUAACCAAACGUUACAAUACCAAUCUAACUUGCCUAAUCAACAACUACAAUACCAACAUAACUUGCCUAAUCAACAACUACAAUACCAAACGGACACGACUAAUCAACAUCCUCAGUAUUCACCAAACACACCUUAUCAACAAGUGCAAUAUUCACCAAACAUGGCUAAUCAACAGUUGAUGUGUUCACCAAUUACGGCUAAUCAACAGCUACAAAAUACACCAACGAACACCGCGUAUCAACAUCUACAACAUGCUCCAACAAACACGGCUAAUCAACAGCUACAGCAUGCACCACAGAACACGGAUAAUCAACAGCUACAACAUGCACCACAGAACACGGGUAAUCAACAGCUACAACAUGCACCACAGAACACGGGUAAUCAACAGCUACAACAUGCAACACCGAAACACACCGCUUAUCAAAAGCUACAUUCACCACCGAACACGGCUAAUCAGAAGCUUCAACAUUCACCAACGAACACGGUUAAUCAACAGCUACAACAUGCACCACCGAACACGGGUAAUCAACAGCUACAAAAUGCACAACCGAAACAAACCGCUUAUCAAAAGCUACAACAUGCACCACCGAAAACGGCUAAUCAACAGCCUCAAUAUUCACAAAAUACCGCUAAUCAACAACUACAGUAUUCACCAAACACGGGUAAUCAACAACUACAACACACAUCAAUGCACAUGGCUAAUCAACAACCACCGUAUUCACCAAACACUGCUUAUCAACAGCUAUCAAAUACGCUUAAAAAACAACCACCGUAUUCACCAAACACGGCUGAUCAAUCACAACUGUAUUCAUCGAAUAUUACUAGUCAACAACUACUGUAUUCACCGGCAAAAGUCGAACAACAGCUACCAUAUCCUGAAAACAUAAGCAGUCAACAGUUUGGAUUUCACGAACAAUAUCCACCAAACAAAGCUAAUGAGGAACAAGUCUCGCAGCUCAAACACGAAAGUUUCAACAAGAAUAUUGCUGAUCAACAGGAUUUCCAACAGUCAGGACAGAAACAUGAAAGUUUUAAUACUGACCAACCGCUCACACAAGAUAAUCAUCACCAGCAGGUUGCAAAGAUUGAGAGAGGACAACACGGACAAAAUCGUAUUGAAAUACAUCAUUCUAAUCUAAAUAUGCAACCAACUGCUCAGCAGAUACAAAACCAACAGACUCAAGUUCAAAAAAGUUCCCUAGUAAGUCAGGAACUUCAGCAUACACAAACACAAAAUGGAAGUCUAUAUGCUCAUGCAGCUCUUUCGCCGUUUACAAAACAGACAAGGAGUACAGGUGGGACUGUUGAAGCUGAAAAUCAACAUGCCGGACAAAGGUCAACGAUAUUAGAUGUAAAAGUGACAGACGAUCAUAAGAAAGAGAAAAUACAAUCCCAGAAGAGAAAGAUUCAAUCAAAGCAUACAACGAAAGACAGCAUACAAAAGAUAGAACUGGAUUUUAUUGCUUCGCCACCUGUACUAUUUACUCCUGAAUAUCUUAUGUUGAAAAUACCCAAACAAGAGACAACAAAUGCAAAAGCAGUGAGUAAUGAGAUACAUAAAAGGAGAGGGCAGUCUCCUGUCGAUGGUUCCGAGAGUUUAGAAGCCGGGCCUGUGAAGAAGCUGAAGUUAGAGGAGGUUAGAAUAAGCACUGCGAAUAUAGAUCAGUAUCCAGAAAGCGAAGAAUUCAGACGAAGUGUCCAAAUAAACAAAAGAGGGUUUAAAAAAUAUUUAUUAUCAAAGUAUGAAGAGGAUAAAAGAAUGAUAGCACAUUCUAAAACUAAAAUACAGUGUGAGAAAACCGGUCCUCCACCAAAUAAAGAUUCUGUUUUGCAUGCAACGUCAAAUAUACCAUUGAAAAGGACAUACGCAUCAUGUGACCUUGCACCAAAAGGCCCGACACCAGACUGCGUUGGCAAUAGCAUAAAUGAACAUUUCGCAAUGUCAGUAGCAAACAAAGAGAAUACUAAAAUAUCAAGAAACGACAUUAAUGUAAUGUUUGACAAAGAAAAGAACACAGAAUCAUCAAAACUAUGUAACGAGCAGUCCUCCGUUUUAGAACCGAUUUUGUCAGACCUAGAAAACACUUCAACUUCUUUUCCUACAGAAAAUGGAAGUGAAAUAUCAUUGAACCAAAUCAGGUUAGAUCUGGCAAUGUCAUCUGACAGUUCAGUGGCUUCAGAUCAUGAAAAAAGUUUCAAAAAUGACAAUGCUUCACAAGGUAGGAUACGUAGUGAUCCAUGUAGUGAAAUCGCCGAUUGCGCAGAUUCCGGACAUCUACUAGGACAUGAAGAUAUUUCUACAAAUUCACGUGAUAAGAAUAACCAUACAUCGUCAAAACCGGUUACUGUGAUAUCGACAUUCUUCAGCCAAAUAACCAAUCAAACGAUUUUGAAAUCAUUUAACCAAGGCAGAAACGUUGGAUUUUUAAUAGAUUUUAAUCCGCGGCGAUUUGGUAUUGUUGAACACGAAGACCAUCAUGAACAAAAUUUUAAUGCGAUUCCUGCCAAGCCUACAUUCAGCUACAGAAAAAUGACAGAAAAUCAGCGUUGGAACAAUCUUUUGGCAGUCCGCAACACAGCACAAAAAUUUACUCAGACAGUUUAAUAAUUUUCCUCAUAUAAAUGAUGUAUUUUGAAUAAAAAUGUACAAUAAACAAAAAAACACAAUGUUAA